AACCAAAUGUCAAAAAACGAGAGACCGUCAAGAAAUCCUUCUGUUGGCCGUGGACUCACAACCAGUAAUUUUUUACCUAGGAAACCAAAGAGGGGAAGAAGAACAAAUCCGGAGAGUAUACGACUUCACAAAUCACAGUUGUAUUAUGUACCAGAAGAACCUUCUACCAGAAGAGGCAUAAUUGAGAAAUUUCUCGAUUUUUUGUUGGACAUCCAAGGAGUAAAACGUGAAACGUUGCUUAGAAAAUUACACGAUGAGAAAUCCGUGAACAUUGUAACCACCACACACACUGAAAAAGAUUUUAAAGAUAUAGAAGAUAAGGAUUUAAAGCAGGCAACAGUGAUUACGGCGAAUGGCUCAAAAAUAGUUUUGGAUAAGACUGUAAGUUUGGAACCACAUGACCCAUUGAGCAAAUCUGAACUCUUCAAGACUACAAAUUUUGUGCCAAGUAUAAAACGACAGCCAUCUGGUAUACCGUCAGCUAACAGACUUCCGAAAUUAAAUGAAUCUUUUGGUCGGCGAACUUUUACUAGCUUGGAAGUAAUAAAAGGGAUAUCCGAAGCACAUGUAGCGUUAGAAGAUCCAGUUUUCAUUCGAAUUGAAAAAAUAUAUUUUCCUAAUGGAAACAUUUAUGAAGGACCAACCAAUGAGUACUUAAUACAUGGUAAUGGGAAAUUUAUUUGGGCCGAUAACACUAGUUACAAAGGUGAUUUUAAAGAUGGUUAUAUCACUGGAAAAGGAGAAACAGUCCUUUCAGAUAUGACUAAAUAUGAAGGCGAAUUUUGUAAUGGCUUUUUCCAUGGUAACGGUUUCCUGAAUAUUCUAAAUAGCCCCAGAUGCUAUUACGGAGAAUGGAAAAAUGGAAAGAAAGAUGGUUAUGGCUGGAUGAUGUAUGAGCCUGGUAACUGGUAUGAGGGUGAAUGGAGCAAUGAUUUACGACAUAGCAAAGGCUUGAGAAAAUACAAAAACGGUAGCAAAUACAGUGGUGAAUGGGUCGGUAACAAAAAGCAAGGAAAAGGAAAGAUUUUGUUUUGUAAUGAUGAUUACUAUUUUGGCGAAUGGUAUGACAAUAAACCUCAUGGCUAUGGUGAAUAUAUUUGGGACCUUGUUUUUAAUGAAACGUUUUGUUUUCCUUUAUACAAUUGGUACAAGGGAUCCUGGAAAACUGGAGAACGAGAUGGAAUAGGAAUAAUGAACUUUGGAACAGAUUGCGGCGCAACUUAUGCAGGUACUUGGCGCAAAAAUUUCAAGCACGGUCCUGGUUUGAUGGUGUGCGGUAAUGGACUGGUUCUGGAGAGUAAUCCACUAUUUGAAUUUAAUAAGGGAGUGCAUAAAAAACACCAAAUAUCAUUAAGUGAGUUGUGCGAGAAGAAUGUGGACACGGAUUAUGGACAGUUUAUUGAAAAUAAGUGUUCUUAUCAAGGCAUUCUACAAUUAGUUAAUUCCGAGAUAGCUCACUCAGAUUUUGAUGACCAUCUAUUAGCAAAUAUUACACAUAACAGCAAGAAUAUACCAGAGCACAUGUUUGUUAAUUCAAUAGAUAAUGCCACUGGGUGGUGUCCUUUAUAUAUUCCAACACACUGUAUAACCGAAGAUGUAAACUUGGAAUAUUUCGUGGAUAUUAUUUUCACGUACCAUGUAGACAAUCUACGAUCUGAUGACUAUGUCAAGUUUAUGAGCAAUAUUGUUAAGAACCCCAGCAGAACAUGUCAAAAUAUAGAUAUAGAAGAUUGUGAUAUAAAUAAUACUAGUUUAGAGGAAAAAUUAAAGUUGGCCAAAAACAGAGAAUUAAAAAAGAUUAGAAAUACUAUAAUUUUAUAUCUACCGAAAUUAAAAAUAAUAUACGAGAGAUAUUCUACUUGUUAUGAAUAUUUGUCAGAAGAACCUGAUGUUAAAUUAAAGUUCAAGCCUGUACUAGUACGGAUUUUCUUGUGGCAGUUCUUCAGAGACAUCCAAAUACCUGAGAAUGGUAUUCAACUUGUUGAUAUAGAUGAACUCUUAUGGAAAAAUCCAGAGAGCUGCCUUUCCACUGCUCAUUAUCCAUUCGAACCAAUUUACUUUUACCAAUUUUUAAUGUAUCUAAUGGGAUGUACUUGGUUGACUUUUUUAACAAAAUAUUCAGGAAAAUUUAAAGUACUGACUGACAGUGAAUAUUCGUAUCCAUCAAAAAUAUUUAGAGACUUUUUAGACAAAAAGCUUGAGUCUAUAGUAAUGAUGAAAGACACUGCCAUGUUAGAUCACUUGCAUACUGCUCCACUACAAUCAAUGUAUCAAACUUAUACCAGCAUUGGUGAACCAAUGACAAUCAAAGCAUUUUUAAACGCAACUUGUACGAAAGAUGGUGAAGAUCCUCCUUGUUAUUACGCAAUUAAUGCAUUAACGAAAACUCCGACAACUCCCAGUAUUGGGUUUAAUGCUGUUCCAAUAGCACAUCAAAUAAUGUAUUUGCAUGAUUCUGAACCAAUAUUCGGCAAAAAGAUUGAAGAAACAGAAUACAGAGAGGAUAAAUUUUAUAAUACGUUAUACACCUUUCGAGUACUUGGAGAAAAAGUUAUUUUAGAAACAAUUAGUAUUAUAUGCCCAACACUUGGACAUAUCGAAUCCAGUGCUAUGAAAUAUAAGAUAACUUUUUUAGAAUUUUACGAAAUAGUAAUUCUUUUGGCAUAUAUUAAAGCAGAGAAUGAAAUGAAGAAGAGUCAAACGGCAACUGUCAAGGGUAGCGUGGCGGAAGUAAAUUACCGACAAAAAAUAAAAAGAAAGAAGAUGAAAUAGAUGCAAAUAAACAUUAUUAAUACUUUAGUUUUAAAUAUUUAUUUUCAUAAUGUAUAUUAAGAUCAUUUACUAAAGGGAAAUAAGUUGGACCCGGAGAAUUGCACAGGGAUUAAUUAUUUAUUAAACACAACAUUAAAAUUAACAACCAAAGUGAUACCAAACAAGCUGAACAAAAAUUAUAACGUAGCAGCAGAACAACAAGGAUUUAGGUGGAGAGGAUCAUGUACCGACUCUAUAUUUAUAAUGAGGCAGGUUCAAGAAAAAUCAUUAGAAAUAAUUAGAAAAGUCACCUGCAUAUUAUUUACGUUUCGUAGACCCUGAAGGCAUUUUUGGCAGGGUCAAAUUAUAGGAUGUUAUCCAUUUAUUUUACGCAAGAAUGGUACCUCUAGGGAUAAUUAAAUCGAUCGAAAAUAUCUGUCAGAACAACAUAAUAAAAGUAAAAGAAGAAGGGGAGCUAACUGACACAAUUGAAGCUGGCAAUGGGAUAAGAGAGAGAUUCCCUGAGUUCUCUAUUGUUUAGCCUAGUCAUGGGUCGAAUAAUAAAAAAAGUAAGAACUAUGAAAUGAUACCAAAUGGGAGAAAAACAGCUUAAAAUAAUCUGCUAUGCAGACGAUGUAAUAGUAAUCUCUCAAAGUGAAAAUGAUUUGCAACGUUUGCUGCACCAAUUUAAUAUAACCGCCAAAAAAUUUAACAUGUUAAUUUCCCCAAAAAAGAUAAAAUGUAUGGUUGUAACAGCAAAUCUGCAAACACUACUUGAUAGUGUCGUUGAGAUUUGUAGGGAGGCAGGUCUGAAUCAGAACAUACGGAAAACCAAAAUACUCGUAAUAAGUAAACAACAGCAUAUAAAACCGUCUAUACAGGGUGUAACGAAAAUACAGGUCAUAAAUUUAAUCACAUAUUCUGGGACCAAA